AAAACUUUGUUGGUGACAAAAACUUUAUUGUCUCGCGUUGGUUAUUCCGGAGUUGAUUUUUAUAUUGAAAGCUAUUUUUUAGAAGUAUAGGAUUUAGCUAUCUUAAGAUCGUUUUUUCCGAUUUUUCUUUUUUUCUCAUUUAACUUAAGGAUUUUAUGUUUUGGUUUUGUUCCUCGUAAAGAGUUUUGGACAUCUUAUUAUUGAAAUCUUCAUAAAAAAAAGAAAAAAAGGUUUUUCCAGUAGUCUGCGACAGCUGGCUUAUGAGUUGGUUAUUAUAAAAAAUGAACUGCGAGUUUUCUGUAGUUUUUAUAAAAAUGACUUUUAUAAAAAAAAGGUGAAAUGAAAAAUAGUUAAAUACGAACGUCAAUGGAGGAGAACCAGUGGCUUCGACAUGGAGAGUUUAAAUUUAACUGGCCGGAACAGUAAAGAACAUCGUAAUGGACCCCUUAACACUCCCACAGCAGCUGACACAUCUAGUAUGGACGUAUCGUACGACAGAGUUGUUGUAAAUGUGUCAGGACUAAAAUUUGAGACAUUAUCGGAAACACUGGAGCAAUAUCCCGAUUCAUUAUUAGGUAAUCAGAGAAAGAGGGCGGCUUAUUAUGACGAAAUUCGGAAUGAAUAUUUCUUUGAUCGGAAUCGACCGGCUUUUGAUGCCAUCUUAUUUUACUACCAGUCCGGUGGGAAAUUACUACGACCGCCUAAUGUACCGAUGGAUGUAUUUGCGGACGAGAUAAGAUUUUACGAACUUGGAGACGACAUUUUGCAGCGCGUGGAGAGAGAGGAAGGCUACAUAGAAGAAGAAGAGCCUAUCCUUCCCGAGGGAAAGUGGCAGCGCAAAAUAUGGGAAUUAUUUGAGUAUCCAGACACGUCGUUGAUGGCGCGUGUUGUUGCCGUCAUUUCUGUUUGUAUAAUCACAAUUUCAAUAGUAACGUUUUGUAUCGAGACUCUACCUCAAUUCAGAUAUGAGGAAUACAAUUGUACUUACACAAAUAAAACAAAGUCUUGUUUAAAACGAGAAGUCCAAGACGAAAAGGCCAUGCCUUGGUUUGGAAUCGAAUCAGCGUGUAUUGUGUGGUUCACGUUUGAAUAUAUUAUGCGUUUUCUAUCGUCACCAGAAAAAUUAAAAUUCGUGCGAUCUUUCCUGAACUUGAUUGAUGUGAUCGCGAUUAUACCAUACUAUAUCACACUACCAAUGGAGUCAUCCAACGUGUCAUCGCUGGGAGUUCUUCGUGUCAUACGUCUUGUUCGCGUUUUUAGAAUAUUCAAGCUUUCGAGACAUUCACGUGGCUUGCAAAUAUUGGGACAUACGUUAAGAGCUAGUUUAAGAGAACUUGGUUUGCUAAUUUUCUUUCUGCUAAUAGGCGUCAUUCUUUUCUCGUCAGCCGUGUAUUAUGCUGAAGGUGGAGAAAAGAAAACGUUUGAGAGCAUCCCUGAUGCAUUUUGGUGGGCUGUUGUAACCAUGACAACUGUAGGAUAUGGUGAUAUGAAGCCUGUAACCGCUUGGGGAAAGAUAGUUGGUAGUUUAUGCGCAAUUUCUGGCGUUCUAACUAUUGCUUUACCAGUGCCUGUCAUUGUGUCAAAUUUUAAUUACUUUUAUCAUCGUGAGAAUGAACUACGUGCUGCUGAAGCAAGUAAAAAAGAAAAGGAGAAGAAAGAAGCUGAGCAAAAACUACGAAGUGAAAACGAACUUCUGCUAGAAACACACGAGAAAAACGAAGAAGAGAAAGAAAUUCCUUAUUCCGAUCAAGAUAACGGUAUAAACGGUCUUCAUGUGAUAUGGCGUAACCAUGGAGACAGUGAUAGCUCGUUAAACAAAGAAAGGGACGAUGCGAAAGACGAUGAUAUCAACGAUAAUCCCAUAAAACCUUUAAUAGCAAAUUAUAGCCCCACUACCAGUAUGGUGAUAACUACAUCUUCACCAGAUGUUCGACUCAAUGUCGGUCCAGAUGGUAUAACGAAACUAAAGAAAUCAGAUUCGUUGACUAAAGUUCGCUUUGAAACAGGCUUGUGACGGGAUGUAAUAUCGCAAUUAUAAAAUACUCGCUCAGGAAGCCACUGUAUGCGACAAUGUGGCGAUCGUUCUCCAAAACACGAAACAAAGUUGGUGCUACAUAGAAAGAGAGCACAAAGCUAAUUCUCUUUUAAAAGGAGCUAAAAGAUAUUGUUUAAAAGAACAAAACAAUCGUUCAAGGUACUAUAAAUGAAUUUUUAAUUUUGAAAGCAUUAAAAAAUGGACGUAUUUAUUUGAUGGAAAAUUGUUAACUUUUUUAACAAUAAAACCUGGCUUUUUAUCAGUCUGCUCGGAAUAUUUUAUAUAUAUACAUUUAAUUUUCUUAGCACGCUUCCUUCCCUCGAGUAAAUAGAAUAGUCACAUCAUUUUCACAUUCAUGAAAUUUUAAUAGCCACUUUCAAGUAAAAUCAACGCGGGGGAAAGUGCAAUUUUAAAUCCGGACGGUGUGAUCACAGACGUCUCUUUAAGUUCUCUUUCUUAAUACUAUGGUUACACUUACUACAAAGUUGUUGUUAUAAAAGCUAACAUUGGUUAUGUUUAGAAGUUUUAGGUCGCGUAGCACAGUGUGUACAUAUAUGGAUAUAAAAUAUCAUACUGAUUUUUAUGAAAAUAAAAUAAUUUCAACAGUA